CUAGCAACAGAAAGCGGGAGGCGAUAGCAACCAGGAUGAGGCGAAUGGGAAGAUACUCAUUUGAAGAGAGAACUUAAUGUUAUUGCAUCUUAUCAUCCGGGAGUGAUCUGACUGCUAGAAGUCAUCUUCGAUAGAAUGGCAAAGGCAACAACUAUUAAGGAAGCUCUAGCCAGAUGGGAAGAAAAAAAUGGCCAGAAGCCAUCAGAGGCCAAGGAAGUGAAGCUUUAUGCCCAGAUUCCUCCUAUAGAGAAGAUGGAUGCAUCUCUUUCCACACUUGUUAAUUGCGAGAAGUUAUCUUUAUCUACAAACUGCAUUGAAAAAAUUGCCAACUUGAAUGGUCUAAAAAACUUGCGGAUUUUGUCGUUGGGGAGAAACAACAUAAAGAAUCUAAAUGGGCUGGAAGCAGUUGGUGAUACUUUAGAGGAACUUUGGAUUUCCUACAACCAGAUUGAGAAAUUGAAAGGACUCCAUGUAAUGAAAAAGCUGAAAAUUCUCUACAUGUCCAAUAAUCUGGUGAAAGACUGGGCGGAGUUUGUGCGGUUGGCAGAAUUACCCUUGUUGGAAGAUCUGGUGUUUGUGGGUAAUCCACUGGAAGAGAAAUAUUCAGCUGAUUCACAGAAUGCCUGGGUUGAAGAAGCAACCAAGCGAGUGCCCAAGUUGAAGAAACUUGACGGUAUUCCAGUUAUUAAGCAGGAGGAAGGCGAAGAAGGAGAAAACUAGCAGAACGUUUCUUUCUUUCCCCUUAAAUUAUUGAUGUAUCUCCAGCAAUUAAACACUAAGUGAAGCUUUUUAUAUAAAGUGACUUUGAAGAAAAGCUUGGGCAACCUUUUAAUUGACUUUCCAUGUUCUCCUUUCUCUCCCAAAGAGUUACUUACCAAAAUGAGGAUGCCAAUUAUGAGAAGCAUCUGUCCUUUUAUUUUUUACUUUUUUAUUUAAUGUGUGAUUUUGUGAAAACUACUACUUGUGUUCCUACUUAUUAGUAUGUUUGCUUAGAUUUUGUUUAAAAAGUAAUUUGAAAAGUAGGGGUCAAGGAAACAAUGUUUUAAUAUUAAGACUCUUUUUAUCAGGUACUUUUUUUGUAUCUCUUUCCAAUGAAAAAAACUGAAACUUGGUAUGUUUAAAUGUUUGUUGGCGUGUCUCAUCCUUUUUUCCCCAUCUGCGCUUCUAAUUACAACCAUGUAGUCUUUCGAGUUGGUUUUUGCCAAUGAAGAAACAAAGUUUGUGGCAUUAAUUAAAAGCAAAACAUGUCACUAGCUGAGAGCCCAUGAUGUCCGAUAUUAAGCUUCAUUGGGAUCUUAAAUUUUGACAUGCAGUGGGCCUUUCACUAUUUUUAUAUAUAGUGCUAGAUAAAAGAGUGAAGGCAAUAUAUUUGUUGUAGAUGACGUGCUUCUUUCCUAAACCCUAGUUUGAUUUGAUAUGCUACUUGAGUUUUUCUUCACAUACUUUAAGGAACAAGAGACUCUCAGGCCAAACAAAGGCUUAUACUGUUGAUGUGACUAUUGCUGAAUGGCAAAGUUCAUCAUCAUUCUGGAAUUUGAGUAAUCUAAGGAGGGUAGCAGCUGUCCAAAGAGGCAUAAGAGAAUAAGUUUCAGUUGCAGGGUUUAGCCAGUGAUGAAUGACAGCUGAAGAAAUUGCAGAAAGGGAAAAGGAGUGACGCUUUAUCAUUUCAUUUCACUUAGAGGAAAUCAGCUUGCUUUUCUCUCACCUUUACCUGAAUAAGAGGGUUUUUUUUCAUUUGUACUGUUGAACCUUUUAAAGAUCUAAAAAACAGAGAAGAGAGAAAUGUGGCAUUAUUAUUUGCCUGAGGCAAACAUCUGCUCUGGGUUCUUUGCACUUAAUUAAUUUGACUCCGACAAUCAGGUUUGUUGUUAAGGUGUGGUAGAGAAUAAUCAAAAUGAAGUAACUGGGGGCACAAUCCUAUGUAGAUUUUCUUCAGGGUGACCUCAGUAGGACUUCUGAGUAGACAGGUGUUGGGUUGCUCUGGACCAUGGAAAUUGUGUGUUUUCCAUGUAAUAAUGCCUUGCUGAAGAACACUUGUACUUUGGCUUUGUACACAAUUGUUAUCCUUACAAUGUAGCAGCUGCAUAGCAUCUGGUUAUUCAUAUGAUCCUCUACCACACUAUUCAAAAUCAGUGCAAUAGCCAUUUGUCAGUCUCUUCUGUUAAUUGCAAUUCACCGUCCCUUUAAGUACAGAAUUCCUUUAUGAUUUGGGGGCUUGUUCCUUUGAAAAUUCCCCUCUUUUGUUUUUUUCCCUAAAAUUUGACUACUGUUAUGAAGAAUUUCUUCUUUUUUACUUUUAUUAUAUUAAUCUCCUUUAAAAGAAUCAGACAGUUUUACCCUUAGGGGAAGCCUAAGCAUAAUUCUAAGUCAAUGAAAAGAAAUGAACUAUGUUUGAAAUGCAAAAAUAAAUUUUACCAUUAACUUAUUGUCCUUAUAUACCACCAGCAUGCACAUGCCAUUAAUUGGUUCUUCCAAGGCAUAAAGUAUUUACUUCUAUAGCAUAUAUUUAUAUUUCAUGAUAAUUAUUUCUACAAAUCUUUAUAAGUAAAUUCCUUAUUUUUAAAGAAAGCUAUAAUAAUCAAUCAGGCUUAAUGCUUGAUGUUAUUUUCCCAAGGGUGAAUCUAUUCAAACCUUUUGCCUGUGUAUCAAUUGUGGCUCCAAUUCAGAAUACAGUUACUAGUAAGGCCAAUGCGAGACUGUUUGUGGCACGUAUGAAUUUCAGAUUUUCAGGCUAAGCUUUUGUAAAAUAGUAAAAUAGUCAUUUCCUUAUUUUUUCUUUGAAGUCACCAGCUAAUAUAUGAAAAGGAAGGGUAGUAAAAUGUAUAGAUCAAUAAUCUUUACAGUAAUGGUCAAGGCCGGUGGUUGAAAUGAUGUAAGUGGUGUAGAAAACAUGGUAAUCUGACUGACCAAUUCUAUCUUAAUUUUUUUAAUUUAGCUAUAGAAUUCUGAAGAUAUAUAUGUACACACACACUGUAAUUUCAGAAGUAUUGCUUAGAUGCAUUGCCACUUGUGCAUAGAUGUACUUAGCAAAUAAGAUGAACACCAUUUGGAUAAAGAAUGGUAUUUCUAGAUCAGUCAUGGGCAGACUUCGGCCCUCCAGGUGUUUUGGACUUCAACUCCCACAAUAGCUGGUAGUUAGGAAUUGUGGAAGUUGAAGUCCAAAACACCUGGAGGGCUGAAGUUUGCCCAUACUUGCUCUAGAUGAUGGUUUAUUGUUUCAUCAUACUCUUUUGUUGAAGCCAGUUGGGUCUCUAGUUCUGCUUGCAUUGUGGAGACAUAACUGUUCAAAAGCUUGAAUGGUCUUUUAACUUUAAUCACAAAAUAGUACUCUUUCUGGAAAAUAAUUGCGUAUGACUUUGUGAAAUGCUUUGAAAGAUGUACCAUAAGAGCAACACAGAUACAUGACAAAUGGAUUUGCCCUUUAAUUAGCAAAGUGAGUUUAUUUAAAUCUUGGUGCUAAGCUUUCUCAAUGUAACAUUCUUAAACUCCAACUGACAGAUGGUGUGAUUUGAAGAUUAGCUUGUAAAGUGACAAAUUUAUCUUCAAGUUUUGUUUGUUGCUUGAGCUGAAGUGACAACUGUUCAUAGAAAAGAUGACCAUAGUGCCCAGUUGCCUACAUUUGGUUGUUAGUCCUGUUUUAUCAAGAACCGGGGUGAUGAGAGAUGGAUAAAAUAGAAACUCGAGAUAGCUCAUAAUCUUCUGCAUAACACUGAAAAACAAAAUGCACAUUUCAUUUGUCUUUCAGCGUGAGAAGGAGUUUUUUUUAUAAAAACAUCAGUUGGCCAGCCUUUUCACUUAGGUUGAUAGUGAAAAUAUUUUUAAAUGUAAACUUAAUUUUGGUAGAGAAAUGUUGUGUAAAGAUAGUGCUGGGGGCCCUUCACCCAAACCUUCAUUUCAUUUGACUUGAGUUUCACCUGGUACUAAUUAUAAUGCUUCUCCAUAUCCUGUAUACUCUUCUUUAUAGAAAAGAAUUGACUUACAUUUUAAAUGUUGAAUUGUACUUUGUGUUCUUCCACACAUAAUCAUUUCCAGAAGUGUGGUGAAAUAUGAAGGGGGGUCCAGAAGGAUUGUGUUGGGAUUGAUUUGUGUUAAGGAAAUAUACAAAGUUAAAAAGAUAACUGGUGAAAGGGUGCUUAUGUGAUGCAAGUUUAGCUUAUAACAAAAUAUGGCUGUGACAACUAAAAAGAAAAGACAUACAGGCUGUUCUGUGAGAAGAAGGGGAAAAACCUCCUGAGUAAUAGAUUGAAGGUUUCUUCAGAAUACUGGAUGCAAUAUAGAUCACAGCAUCUACAGGUGCAAGGAAAUAUUUAGCAGUUUAUCAUAACUAUUGUGGAAACAUAUUUCCCAGGCUCUGGGUACACAGCAGUUUAAUUUUCAGAUUGAUAGAUGAUUUCAUCUAUGCAAAUAUGAUAAUUUUUGCCAUUGGAGAGUUAGCCUCAGAAAGAAGGGAAGGGAGCUUUAGUGGAGUUUGAGUUGAAUGAUCCCCUUUCAAGAUAUGAAUAUAGUGAAAAUUUCAGCUAAACCAAUUUGGUGCAGUAUUUGAAAUUUGUCAGUUACAUUUUACACAUUCUAUGUAAGGAAAGCUAUUACAAAUAUGCAUAGAACUGGCAGAUACCAGUAGACACUUAGCAUAUUUUUCCUGUAUAUCUUGUGGCUGCUCCACACAUCACAGGAAAAGAUGGAUUCUCCCAUUUCUGCCACAUGUCAUUUGUAUCUUUUUUUCUUAAUAUAUUUGAACUGGAUAUGAAUGAAUGGAUAAAUGGAGCACAUGGCGGGAAAGUGAUUUUAACCCAAUUGCAUGCCUGUGUAUAUUCCUUUUUCAGUUUUACAGAAACAACAUGAACAUACUACGAAAACAUGCUGUGGCAGUCAGCGUGGCAUGGGUCACUUCCUAAUGACCAGAUCAACCCUUCCUAAAAGAGUAUCAAAGGUGCAAUUCAUAAUCUUUAUCAAAGCCCUAUUAGAAAAAUCACAGCAAAGGAUAGUAAAAUUGUCAUCUAACAGGUAUAAUUCGGGAGUUUAACAUCUUUUCUGAUUAGAAUCAGGUUGUUUUGGUAUUGCUGCCCAAUAAACUUCAAAACUUUAUUUUCCAUGCUUGUGAAAACCUUUCCUGUAGAAAAGAACUGUUGCAAAAAGAAAUGCAAUUUCUUUCCAUGUUGGAUAGAUAUAUGUACUGUUUGAACAAUCAGAAGUCUACUUGCCAAAAUUAAUGAAAUAGGUUUUUUUUAAAUUGCACUUUAAAAUUAUGCACUGGAUGUUGGUGGAAAGUAAAGUGAAUGGUUUGCAGUUGGUGUAUGGUUACUCAUAGAAAAGGGCUGCACAGCCAAGGAAGCAAUUGAAAGCAAUUGAGCUGUCAUGUUUUGGUAUAUUCCUUAAGAUUAUAAAGCCUAUUGUCAUAAUUAGGAAUGAAUUAAUAUGUGCUUAAAGGGUUCAAUACAACUGUGUUAAAAUGUUAUAACAUAACUGUGUUGAAACAAUUCAACAUGACUAUGUUGAAUAUUGCUGUCCCUACUGGAAUUGGGGUACCUUUUAUUAAUUAUAUUUAUUGGAAGUUUAAAGAAAUUCAAACCAUACUGAUGGGAAAUGGAGAUGUGUUCACUUGCUUUCCAGUCCAUUGGGCUGCAGGUAUCUACUGUAUAUAAUAAUUUAUAUUAAGUUGUCAAAAGGCAUUUGAAAUAGGCAGCUCUCAUUCGUGGAUCAGUUCAGCUCCACUAAAAGACAAGGCUUCUAAAACUCCCAAGGCGGAGAGCAAUUUUUAAGCACCUAGCAUGGUGACAAUAUGUUUUUAAUACAGUAUAAUUUUGUAGCAUGAUCAUAACUGUCAAAUGUGUGAGGUUACUUAGAUCUGUUUUUAAAUGUAACUUUGUGAAACCUUGUUUAACAUAGUAAUAAAUGUUUUAUAUAAAGGAA